AUGUCUCUUGCAAGCAACACUUCGUCGGUUUUGGAUGCGGUUGGCCCUCUACAAGGCAAAACUCCAAAACCAAAGUCGAAUCGUGGACGAAAACCGAUGGAAAGUGCUGAAUUGACUUCUCCGGAAACCAUGUCCGUUUUGAAGCAAAAGGCACUUGCGAAAGCGCAAAAAGCAGCAGCGAAAGCGGAAAAGGCAGCAAAGAAAGCAACGCCAAAGAAGCCAACCCCUAAGAAAGCAGCACCGAAGAGAGCAACAUCAAAAGCAACACCACCGCCCAAGCGUCGUAGAACUGAAAAAUCACCACCGUCCGAUGAAGACACGGACUUCUGCAUCAUUUGUUUGACGCUGUUACCAAACAAAUUGACUGCUGAAAAUUCCAUCCAAUGCAAC